UCAUUUAAUAAGUUUCAUUAAAAUAUUUUAUCUGAAAUUCUUUUCAAAUAUUCUGUUCGACUUUAAUUCUAAGAAGUGACUCUCUGUUUCCUUUCAUCCCCGCCGGACUUGCACCUGUUCGCUAGGUGGUGUUUCUCAACUUGACCGAAGGAUCACUUUCACCGAUAGCUGCUCCCGGCGUUUUCGGAUUCCAAUAUAAAAAGGAUCGGUGUCUUUCAUAAGAGCAGAACCGGCGUCUCACGACUCACCAUGAAAGCUUUGGGUGUCCUUCUCCUCUUCGCUUUGGUGGCCUGCUGUGCAGCCAUCAUCCCCAUAUCUAUUCAUCUGGGUCAUUCGCAUCGCUACGCCCCCUCCUAUGGACACGGUCAUUAUGGUCACGGCUAUGCUGUAAGGAGCCAUCACUAUUAUCCCUCUUAUGGAUAUGGACAUCAUGGGUAUGGGCACGAUCAUUAUGGACAUCAUGGAUAUGGACACAGUCCUGCUUUGACUAUUGGAUUCGGCAAACGAUGACGAGGAAAUUCAUUUUGCCCCGAGAAAUGCGAUAUCGAAAACCGGAUGCAAGAGAAGAAACCAGUAAGUCAUUCUAAAUUCAACAAGAAAGAUUCGACCGGCAAGCUUCACAGAAAUUUCAAUGGACAAAACACUAACAAGACAUCCCACUCCCUUCCGAGACCUUUUAUUUAUGCAUGAUUUCCUGCAACUUCAAGUAACAGUUUUUACUAAUUUAAGAAUUCUUCGGCGAGAAAAAAAAUUAAAAAUUCGUUUUAUUAUUUUUUUGUUGUAAAUUAUUUUGUUACUGUUAAAAGAAUCUAUCUUCGAUAUUUUAUUAGUAUAAAAAUUUAAAUAUAAUAAUUUAUGGAUUUAAAAAAAUUCAAUAAAAAUAUUACAUUUUUAUAUCGAAAUGGAUACAUCUUUCUGUUUAAACAUUUGAACCAUUAAUUGGUUCAACUUUAUUUAAUGAGUGUUCAGCCGACUUUCCCAUUACCACUGAACAACGCAGUAGCGACAGUGUUUAAAGUGUAAAAUUCAUUUAGAAACAUCAAUCGGAAGUAAAAGGUGAUAAACUUUUCAACUGAAUGGCACAUAAUUGAUCGAUAAGUGUUUCACUGGCUUUCUUCCCAGACGCAACACAAUUUAGUUCUGUUUAAUUAUAUUAAAGGAAAUAUUAUAUAUAUAUAUUAAUAUAUUAUUAAAUACUUAAUAUAUUACUAAUUAUAUUACAUAGUUUAGUUUUAAUUAUAUUGUUAUUUUUUACAGCUUUUCCCUAGUGUAAAAACUGUAGUGCACGUGUUUGAUAGAAAUAGAAACUUAUUUUCUGCACUAUGUUUAAAUUGUACAAAACAAUAAGCCUGUGAAGAAAUGACUUUCAAUUGAUCUUAUUUUAUCCAAUACUGUAUAAUAAAAGAAAAGUAAAUGAGAUACACAAUAAAGUAAAUACUCCAUUU